AUAUAGCGUAGAAGACUGUCGGCGUUCCAAAGGAGAACUAGAAGAGGGAGGGGGAGGGAGAGAGGAGAAGGCGAGAGAUUUGCGGAGAACUUGGAAGGAUGAAGAUGCCAUCUGAGUCGAGGUUCCUGCAGGAAUUAGCUCUUUAUGCGGCGAGCGCUGCGCUGAGCUGCCUCGUCCUCUUCGCCGGGCUGCGCCAACUCGACCCCAACCGAGCCGCCAGCAAAAAGGCCCUCGAGCACAAGAAGGAGAUCUCCAAGCGGCUCGGCCGCCCUCUCAUCAAUACCAAUCAAUACGAGGAUGUAAUAGCUUGUGAUGUUAUAAAUCCAGAUCAUAUUGAUGUUGAGUUUGAAUCUAUUGGGGGUUUGGAACAUGUCAAGCAAGCACUAUUUGAAUUGGUCAUUCUUCCACUAUGUAGACCUGAAUUGUUUUCACAGGGAAAGCUUCUUAGCCCUCAAAAGGGAGUUUUACUGUAUGGGCCACCUGGAACAGGAAAGACAAUGCUUGCGAAGGCCUUAGCUAAAGAAUCUGGUGCAGUUUUUAUUAAUGUGAGGAUCUCAAAUUUGAUGAGUAAAUGGUUCGGAGAUGCUCAAAAACUUGUGGCUGCUGUGUUUAGCCUUGCUUAUAAGCUACAACCUGCUAUCAUUUUUAUCGAUGAAGUGGAUAGCUUUUUGGGUCAGCGACGAAAUACAGAUCAUGAAGCAAUGACUAACAUGAAAACUGAGUUCAUGUCCUUGUGGGAUGGUUUCACCACUGACCAAAAUGCUCGUGUGAUGGUUCUUGCUGCUACAAAUCGGCCAUCAGAACUUGAUGAAGCAAUACUUAGGCGAUUUACCCAGACCUUUGAAAUUGGCAUGCCUAAUCAAAGUGAGAGAGCCAAGAUACUGAAGGUCAUCCUUAAGGGUGAAAAUGUCGAAGAGAACAUUGAUUACGAAUAUGUAGCUGCAUUGUGUCAAAGUUUUAGUGGUUCAGAUAUACUUGAACUGUGCAAACAAGCAGCCUAUUUCCCUGUAAGGGAGUUGCUCAAUGAUGAAAAGAACGGAAAAACAUCCAUUGGUCCAAGACCACUCAAACAGGCAGACUUGGAGAGAGCACUGGUAACCUCUAGAAAGGGAAAGAAAGUAUCUGUAUCACAAUCUUCAUGGCCUGCACAAACCGAACCAGACGAGGAGCAGGUCCAUAAUGCUAUUUUGGAGAUCUCAAAGCUCAUGUCUCGCAUUGUGAGCAACCAAUCUGAAAACCAAGAUGCUUAGAUCAUUCACAUAGUCGCUCUGCGCUACAAACUUGUAUGAUGUGGCUCGACACGUUGCCUUAGAUGGAAGCACCCCGCUAUCUUUCUUGAAAUCUGCAUCCACCAAAGAAUGCUUGUUUUCUUUCUUCUAUAGCUGAUAUAACCAAAUACGAUAAUGCUAAUCAUAUUGUUUCUGUAAGUCUGCGUCAACCACCGAAUGUUUAUUUACCUUUUUACAUUUUAGCUUGUUAUUUGAAAGUAUCGGAGGUCUGAAUCGCCUACAUGUUUUAUGCCUAAAUUUAUUCCCGUUAUUGUUGGUGGGCAGGAUGUAUGACUAAUUUUGGUUGAUGAUUAAGGAACACAAUGCUUCAGUGAAGAAGGAAACAUCCUAUAUUAUACCUUG